AGAAAGGGAGCCCCACGGUUUGCCCAUCAGCGCUAUUUAUACUCUCCCCCUUAAUACGGAACGCAAUCCGCAGCUGCGGCUGACUACAAUUGGAGCGCGGUGCAGGGCUGGACCACAGUGGGGAGGCUGUCUGGCUGAGUGAACCGCGCUGCGCGCACUGCAUGAAAGUACUAUGAGACGGUGUCCUUGAGUUACACGGAUCCACGCAGGACUUAAGUGCAGGUUCCUUAGCAAGGGAGACAUGCCACUCUUGAGCUGCCUGGUUUCCAGCCCCUGAUUCUCAGAGUCUAUGAGCAAAGAAAAGCAAAAUCUUCUCUGGGUCUGAUGGAAUCAGAAUUCCGCUCUGAUAAGGCGUGGUGUGGGUGUUCAGCUGAAAAGGGGAGGACCAGCACCUCCUCUGGCCGUCUCUCCUUCAUGCUCUGCGACAGAUCCAACUGCAAAUAAGCACCUCAACCCCUCUGAUGGAUCCCAUGGAGGACGCCGUCCUGGAGCCCAGAGCAGAGCGGAUCGCCCGCUACAAGGCCGAGAGGAGACGAGAGCUGGCCGAGCGCUUCAACAACCUGGACGACCUUCCCACCAAGUGGGUGAGGAGAAACGGGCAGGAGGCACCGGAAUCGGAGCCCGAGAUGAUGAACUCGGACGGCCUCGGAGACAAAGCGGAUAGCAGAGGUCAGGAGGUUACCAAUGGAGUGGAGACGGAUGCUCCCGCAGAGUCCAACAACCUGAGGGGUCAGGGUAACCAGCAGGACCCUGCCACCCCGCUGAGUGGGCACAGCGCCCCUCAGCUCCACACUCGGGUGUCGGUGGGCCAGCUGAGGAGCGCCCUCCUGCAGCAGACGGACGGUGGAGCCCAGCCUGACAGAGCCAGCGUUGACGGCGGGCGAGCCGUGUCGUCUCUGGAUCUGGCCACGACGCCGGGUGCUGAGGGGGGCCGGCGGCGCACCCAGCGCUACCUCCCCGGCGGGACGAGCGGAAGCCGCAAGACCAACGAGCGCUUCAGGACGCAGCCGAUCACCGCCAUCGAGGUGGAGCAGAGCAGCGGGUUUCUGGAUGUGGAGACAAAGGACAACAAAGAAGCUGAGGAGCAGACCGAUGACAGAGCCAAAAUGAGCGUGGCGGCCAAGAUGUCUUUGUUUAAAGAGAUGGAGAAGUCGGCGGCACCGGAGACCUCGGUCCUCCUGAAGCCUCGCUCAUCGAGCUCCAGUCAUGAACGCAGGGCGCGCCGCAGCAGCGACCAUCGCUUCCUCACUCAGCCAAUCACCUGUGAAGAAAUGGUGGCUAUAAGCACUUCUCCACCGGCUGACGCCCAGACGGACAGCGUUGAUGACGGAGACGAGAGCUGCAAGAUGAGCAUGAGCGAGAAACUGGCCCUCUUCAACAAGCUGGCCCUGCCUGGGAAGCUGGGGGCCGGUCCCGCCGACGGGCCCCCAGAGAGACGGAGGCAGAAGGGAGCUCGAUACCGAACGCAGCCCAUCACGGUGGAGGAGGUCAGCAUGCUCCAGAAAGGCCCCGUUCAGCUUCCCGCCUUCAGUCUGUCCGCUCACCUGUCCGACAGACAGCAGGUCUCGUCUGUCAACCUGAAACCCAGCGAGGUGCGCCUCUCCCAGCCCAGACCCGGCCUGACCGAGUCGCAGAGCUCCGCCGCUGACCCCUGUCUGAAAGGAAUCCUGAAGAAGAGCCGCUCUGCAGGCUCAGAGUGGAGCCGGACGGAUCAGAACGGAGGAGGCGGUGGAGAUGCAGACAUGCUGGGGAGGAUGGAAGGAACUGAGAGACGGGAAGGGUCUGCACCUUCACAGAGACGCAAAAGGGAAGGCGUGGAAUUAGGGUCUGCUGCCCCCUGGAGGCAAAGAGUCCGAACGAGGAGGGAAACGAUUGCCUGUACACCCAUGAGAGGGAGUCCAUGUGGGAGCCAAGAGCAGGAGGAGACCGGCUCUCCUGCAGGACUCGGCUUAGAGCAGACCAGAGGAGCCCAGGAAGUGGAGGAGAAAAUGGAUGAAGAAGAAACCAGCAAAAGAAGUGUUCAGGUCAUCCUGUCAGAUAACACGAAUAAUGAAGCAAGCCAAAGUCAGGAAGCUCGUGGCGUUGAGAGCUGGGAGCCUGUCUUUGCCUCUGUCUAUUCUGUCGUUAGUCCUCAGUAUAUCAUGUGUUUCAAUCAGACCAACCUUUCCUUUGAGGCGCAGGAAGUCAGCUCUCCUCUUCCUGCUCAGCCUCAGUGGAGACAGAAAGCUAAAGAACAGGAUGUGACGCUUCACACGGUCGAAGCUGCAGAACCAGAAACCCAGCAGGAAGCUGAAGACGAUCUGGGAGUUGCGGCUUCAGAAACGCGUGAUGAGGCGUUUCCUGCAGAGGCUGGAACGUGCACAGCUUCACGGAGCGACUCGCUCACAGAAACUCCCAGGAAUGAAGAAGCGUCUGCAGGUGAACCCGCCGCCUCGGACGGUUCUUUCAGUGUCGAUAAGUCACUUCCUCCCACCUGCGGGCCCACGCCGUGUGGCGGCAUCGGCGCCACAGAGAGCGAGCAGGACCUGGGCGUCCUCUGUCAGAGCAGCACACCCAUACUUUCCUCAGCGGUGGCGGAGCACAGGCGGGCUGUGCGGCCGUCCCGCCGGACUCAAGGUUCCAGGAACCCUCUGAGGGCUCUGGCAGCCCGACAGGACGUCAGGCAGGACUUCAUGGGCAGCGCAGCAGCGGAGGAGCAGGAUCAGGCAGAAAAGAAGAGCAAGAACCACUCCUCAGAAGAUCCUGUCACCCCAGAGGACAUCGUCUCCCCCUCUGAGGCACCACUGUCUUUUCCUCCCUUCAGCAGCCGAAUGUUGAUCCACAUUAAAGGUAGGCGGCAUGUGCAGGUGCGCCUGGUGGAGCCGUCAGUGCGAUCACUGAACAGCGGAGACUGCUUCCUGCUGGUCACGCCGCAGCAUUGCAUCCUGUGGAGCGGAGAGUUCGCCAACAAGCAGGAGAGAGCCAAGGGUUCUGAGCUGGCAUCGUUCAUCCAGAGUCGGAGAGAUCUUGGUUGUGAGGCGUCGCAUGUCGUCCAUCUCGAAGAGGGGCUGAACUCUGACAGCAGUGAGGCCGACGACUUCUGGAGUCUUCUGGGAGGAAGAACAAACUACAGAGGGGCCGGUGUUUCUGAGGAGGACGAGCUCUUUGAGCUUGGAGUUGUGGAGUCAAAUUGUGUGUACAGCCUGGUGGAGGACCGGCUGGUUCCUCACGAGGAGGCCUGGGCCUCCAUCCCCAACACCUCCCUGCUGCGCUCCACUGAGGCUAUAGUGUUUGAUUUUGGCAGUGAGGUCUACCUGUGGCACGGUCGGGACGUUUCCCCAUCCAGGAGGGACAUCGCUCUGCAGCUGACUCAGCAAGUGUGGGGCGGGGAGUACGACUACAGCAACUGUCGGGUCAACCCGCUGGACCCCACUCGAUGCAACCCCAGCAUUCACCUGAAGGGAGCCAGCCGGCCCAGCUGGGCUCUGCUCGCCGUGGUCGCCGAGGGCGAGGAGACCGCUCUGUUUAAGGAGAAGUUUGUGGACAGCAGAGCGCAGGAGGACGAUCCAGCCGGGGCGGAGACUCCACUUAAUCUCACACAGUCGCCAGAGCCGGCGUCCUCGGGCGUCCUGUGUCCCUGCGAUGCCAAAGCGCUGGUGUCCGGAGAGUCCCUUGAAGCUGGAGGUUCUGUCUGCACGCUGCUGGAAGGCCUGGAUGUCCAGAGAGGUUGUGGCGUCAUCACUCUGGAAGAAGGCCAUCAGAUGGAGCUGAAAACUGUUGCCGUGGACACGUGGCACGUCCAGGAGUUUGACGACAGCGAGAUCCCGGUGGAGAGCGGCGGUCAGCUCCAUGAGGGAGAUUCCUACGUGGUCCGCUGGACCUACAGCGUCACCGCCGUGGAUAAUGGCUCCGAUGAGAGCGAGGAGGCUUCGGGAUCCAAAGAGAAAACCGCCUUCUUCUUGUGGCGAGGACGGCAUUCCAGAGUGAGCGGACGGGACACGGCCGCUUUCCUGUCCAUCGGACUCAAGAACCACGAGGAGUCCCAGGUGGUUGUACCUCAGGGUGAGGAGCCUCCCUGUUUCCUGCAACUUUUCCAGGGAGGUCUGGUUAUUCACAAGGGAAAGAGAGAGGAAACGUCCACAAAUGCAGAGUGGCGUCUGUUCUGUGUGCGAGGGGAGCUCCCACAGGAAGGUUCACUCCUGGAGGUGGACUGCUCCUGCACCAGUCUGAGAUCCAGGGGCUCUGCUGUGCUGCUGAACAGCCAGCAGGGGGAGCUGUAUCUCUGGAUUGGUUGUAAAGCUCACAGCAACACCAGAGAAGUCAGCAAGAGAACUGUGGAGCAGCUCACUAAAACGUGUCCUCCAGAGCUUGGUCUUCACAAGAGCAGCCACAUCAAUGUGCACUUAGUGGAAGAAGGUUCAGAGCCUGCAGACUUCUGGGCCGCUCUGGGACCGAUGGACAGGAAGGCCUAUGACUGCAUGCUGCAAGAUCCAGGAAAGUAUAACUUCACACCUCGUCUCUUCCAUCUGACGACCUCGUCGGGGAGAUUUCAGGCUAAGGAGCUCCUGAGCCGCUCACGGCUGCCGGGGCUCGUGAUGGCGAUGCCCUUCAACCAGGAGAGCCUUUACUCUGUACCACAGCCAGCCUUGUUCCUGCUCGAUAACCGACUGGAGGUGUACUUGUGGCAGAGAGGUCAGCCGGAGCAGACGGAGAGUUCCGCUUCGGCCUGGAGCCUCUGGCAUAAUGAGAGAAAAUGUGCCAUGCAGACGGCGCUGCAAUACUGCAAAGAGAUGAACCCUAGAAGGCCCCCGUAUGCGUACCUUAUACUGGAGGGGUUGGAACCUCUCACCUUUACCAACGUGUUCCCCCGCUGGGAGAGGAGCUUUGGACCUCAGACACAGGGUGACGUGGGCCAAGUGAAGCUGACCUUGGUGCAGGACGCCCUGGCCCAGCUCAUGAAGACGCAGUACCCUUUGGAGGAGCUGAUGAAGAGUCCUCUACCUGAGGGAGUGGAUCCUCAGCAGCUGGAGGUCUACCUGUCAGAUCAGGACUUCCAGACAAUCUUGGAAAUGAAAAGAGAUGAAUAUGCCUCCCUCCCGAGCUGGAAGCAAACGGAUCUGAAGAAGAGCAAAGGGCUGUUCUGUUAGACUGAUGCUCCUGCAGCCGGAACGUCCUCCUUCCACAAGGAAGGAAGGAAGGAAGGAAGGAAGGUGUCGUUGGCCUCACGUUGUUGCACAAAGUAAUGCUCUCCAUGUGACAAGAGGAGAAAAAAAGCUUUAUUUAUGUCAAACUAGUAUGAAUGUGUGAACUUUUUAUUGGAUAUGGAUUUUUUUUCUGUAGCAACCAUAUGGUUCAAAGCAAAAAUAAAAAAUACAAUAAAAAGGCA